UGAGGCAGCACGAACAGUGAGGAAUCCACUGAAGUUAGCUGUAAUACGCGAAUAUGAUCUUUCAUUGUGUAUGAACAAUAAAACGUUCCACUGUAGCGCAAAAUAUACAUCAGUGGAACCUCCAUGAAUGUAAAGUGGAAAGUCGCGUAGACGCCGUCGGUGAGGAACGAUAUUUGUGUGAAAUUGUUUUUGAUUAAUAGCGAGUGUUUGGCGAAUAUAAAAAAAAAAUUGAUAGAAUGACUGUCACCGAACUCAGUUCUCAGCAAGAAUACGCGAAUCAUAUUAAGUCAGAGGAUCUCUCUGUCAUUCAUUUCUAUGCACCAUGGGCUGAUCAGUGUUCACAAAUAAACGAUGUAAUCGAAGAAAUGAGCAAAUUGACUGAAUACAAAGGAGUCAAAUUUGCCAAGAUCAAAGCUGAAGAAGUGUCUGAUGUGUCUUUAAAAGUUGGCAUUACUAUGGUACCAACAGUUGUGUUAGCAAGAAAUGAUGCUAUAAUUGAUAAGGUUGAUGGAGCUAAUCCUUCUGCCAUAGCAGAGAAAGUUAAAUAUCAUUUAAUUAAUAAAACUUCUACUCCAAUUGAAACUAGUAAACCUAAAGAAAACCUUGAAGAUAGAUUAAAAAAAUUAGUAAAUCAAGCACCUUGUAUGCUAUUUAUGAAAGGGAAUCCAGCAAAUCCACGUUGCGGAUUUUCUAAAACAAUAGUCUCAAUUUUAGAUUCUUAUAAAGCAAAUUAUCAGUCAUUUGAUAUUUUACAAGACAAUGAUGUUAGAGAAGGACUUAAGAAAUUCAGUAAUUGGCCAACGUAUCCUCAAUUGUAUAUUGAUGGAAACCUUAUUGGAGGUUUGGAUAUUGUAAGGGAAAUGAGUGAAUCAGGAGAAUUGGAAAGUAUGUUACCUAAGAAAAGUUAAUCUAAAAUAAAAGUAAAUUUAUAAUUAGUCCGUUGCUAUUUAUAUAAUAAAUGUAUGGUUAAAUUGAGCUAUGUAAUAAAUUCAACUAC